CUGAUUCUGCAGGGUUUGAUUGCAGGCUUGCAGCGCAUAACGAGCAGCCAUCUCCAUCUGCACAGAAGCAUUCUGUAGUUUUCUCCAAACGCUGCGCUUCAAUCGCUCUCUGAGUUCAAUCAAGCUGCUACUCGCCAUCAUAAUUCGGCCACCGUCGCACCUUUGUGACUGUUUGCAGCCACGAAACACAUCGAAGCCAGCAAGGCUUCUUUGCCGUUCACCAUGCCCGCCAUAACUCUCCCGGAAUCACCUCCUUCCAACAUUUUUUUCUUGAUUAAACCCUAAAGUUUCUUUGAUUUGGAAAAUUGAAAGUCCUUUGUGAAAUUUGCAAUUCAAGAACGAAAUCCCUAAAAUCCCAAUUGAGACCUGAAAUUACUUCUUCCAUGUAUAUAUGGAAAGGGAAGAGGCGAGACGGAGAAGGCACCGAUUGCUGAGACGAGGCAGAUGCGGUGUCACUAGAGUAAGAGGAUGUCGUCUGAGUGAGAAGCCACGAUUGUGAGUUUAUUCGAGGUUGCCCAUCUCAGUUAGCCACCAUGAUUUACACAGCAAUUGAUACAUUCUAUCUAACCGAUGAGCAGCUAAAGAACUCACCUUCCAGGAAAGAUGGUAUAGAUGAAGCAACUGAAAUGACCCUUAGAAUUUAUGGUUGUGAUCUCAUCCAAGAAAGCGGCAUUUUACUGAGACUACCUCAAGUAGUAAUGGCCACUGGCCAGGUUUUGUUCCAUCGCUUCUACUGCAAGAAGUCAUUUGCCCGUUUCAAUGUGAAGAGAGUUGCUGCUAGUUGUGUUUGGCUAGCAUCAAAACUGGAAGAAAGCCUUAGAAAAGCAAGGCAAGUCCUCAUUGUUUUCCACAGAAUGGAAUGCAGGAGGGAGAACUUACCCGUUGUGCACUUGGACCCAUUUUCUAAGAAAUAUGCUGAAUUGAAGACUCAUUUGAGCAGAACUGAAAGACACAUCUUGAAAGAGAUGGGUUUUAUUUGUCAUGUGGAGCAUCCUCAUAAAUUCAUAUCAAACUACCUUGCCACCCUCAAAACUCCUCCAGAAUUGAGGCAAGAAGCUUGGAAUCUUGCAAAUGAUAGCUUGCGCACAACCUUAUGUGUUCGAUUUAAGAGUGAGGUGGUGGCUUGUGGGGUUGUAUAUGCAGCCGCUCGUAGGUUUCAAGUACCCCUUCCUGAGAAUGAACCAUGGUGGGAGGUAUUUGAUGCAGAGAAGUCUGCAAUUGAUGAAGUUUGCAGAGUCCUGGCUCAUCUGUACAACCUUCCAAAGGCACAGUAUAUCCCAGUGUGUAAGGAUGGAGAUUCUUUCACAUCUUCUAACAAGUCACAAGAUUCACAAACUCAGCCAGUUUCAAAGGAAGUUUUGCAGAGUGGCCCAUCAGCUAAUAAUGAUACUGUCACUCCCAAAGCAGCUUCCGCGUUGAUUAAUCCAGAAUCAGGCGGGUCCAAGAAUUCAAUGGUAAAACAAGCCCUUGACAUGUUGAAGGAAUCCAAAAAGGGUGAUGAUGAUCCCAAGAGCAUGGCUGUGGAGGGAGAGGGUAGAGAAGAGCCCAUACCAUCCAAGUCUGAGCAUAGAACAGAGGCAAGUGGGGAAAGGAACAAGGAGAGAGACAAGGAAAGGGAAAGGGAAAGGGAGAGAGACAGGGACAGGGACAGGGAAAGGGAAAGAGCAAAAGCACGGGACCGUGAUAGAGGAAGGGAUUCUGAUAGGGAACGGGAGCGAGAUGAGAUUGACAAGGACCGAGAGAAGGUGAAGGAUAGAAAACAUCGGUCUAAGGAUAAAGGAAAAGAUUCAGGAGGGCAUUCGGAGAAAUCAAGACAUCACUCAUCUCGAGAUCGAGACUACCACAGCUCCUCUUAUUCUUCAAGGGAGAAGGAUCGCCAUAGACAUCAUCCUUACUCUUGAACUAGUAGCCAAGGUGUACCUCUUUUCUAACCCAACAAACUUUAGAGCAUGAUAUACACUUAUAAAUGUAUGUUAUCUGCUUCACUCAACAGAAGGGGCUGUUUGUUUUUUGGGAAUUUUAUUGAGUGUUAAUUCCACUGAUUGUUCUUGGUUUA